UGUGAAUGCCCUCAAAAGACGGCUGUUGGAAGCAGACGCGUAAAAUGAGAUGUAUGCGCGAUGGGUGUGUGCGUGACCUAGCGAACAGAACAUUUACAUGUUCUUGACGAUCAAGACAUCAGUGUCCGGAGAUACAUGAGAUCGUGCAAGUUUCCCUAAAAACACAGGCUAUCGGAACGUAUGGUGAAUCCCUGGAUGUAUCGGUCUGCAUGAAUGCAGUGGCACCCGCAGUCAGUCUGGAGGGCGAUGAUCAAGAAAUAACCACGGCCACCACGCGCUUGACCACCAACCACCAACAUGCAGCCAAUGGACACACAGCAGUCAAUGUAGCCAACGGACACUCUGCCAUCACUGUUGUAAGCGAUGACGAACAGAGCCCCUCUAGUGAGGGCAACCCAGUCACCCAUGCUUUAACCAAUGCCUACUGUGACAGCGUAGAAAAACUCCCACAAGUCAUCGAAGUUUCUGGGCGAAGUCGGGACGGCGGACCGGGUUCCGUGAUGUUGGGCGGGAAGGUGUGGUUCGUGAAGGACGGUUGCGGCGUGACGUGCGCGGUGUUCACGUACCUGCUGGUCCUGUACGCAGAGUUCGUGGUGAUGGGAGUUAUCCUGUUCCCCUCCAACAGCCUGGUCUACAGUAUCAUCAACGCAGUCAUCUUCAACUUCUUUGCAUUCCUGGCUGUCGCCUCGCAUGUGAAGGCCAUGUUAACAGAUCCAGGUGCCGUACCUAAAGGUAAUGCUACUAAAGAGUACAUUGAGGGACUGGGGCUGAAGCCAGGACAGGUCGUCUACAAAUGUUCCAAAUGCAGUAGCAUCACACCGGAGAGGGCUCAUCACUGCAGCGUUUGCAGAAGAUGCAUUCGUAAGAUGGACCACCACUGCCCCUGGGUCAACAACUGUGUGGGAGAGGGCAACCAGAAGUUCUUUGUUCUCUUUACUAUGUACAUAGCAAUCAUCUCCCUGCAUGCCCUGAUCAUGGCUGGCAUCAAGUUCUUCGGCUGUAUGGACUCACAAUGGGAAGCAGAAUGCAGCAGGUUUUCUCCCCCAGCUACCAUCAUCAUGAUGAUCUUCCUGGUGUUCGAGGGCUUGCUGUUUGCCAUCUUCACUGCCGUCAUGUGUGGUACCCAGCUGCACGGCAUCUGCAAUGAUGAGACUGGAAUUGAACAGCUGAAGAAGGAGUCUCCGUCUUGGGAGAAGAAAGGGAAGUGGAUGAGCAUCAAGGCCGUGUUCGGACACGACUUCUCGCUGGCCUGGUUCUCCCCCUUCAACCAACCUGACAUCAACAGUGGCAAGAGUCCGCCCUAUCUCUACCAUGUUUAAAAACAUGUCCUCACUACACCCACUGAUAUUGUUUAGAGCAAGGUGUCUGCUGAGGGAUGGAAAAACACUGUUCAGUACAGUACUAGUACGGUGUUGUAAUGGGAAUAAUAAGGUCAAAAUGUCUGCAUGACCAUGAGUAGGUCACUUACCACAUUUACCAGAAUAAUUGCACACCUCCAAGAAGCUUGUCCUUUUUUUGAAAGAAAUGCAUUCCUAGCCUAAUUUAUGCCUGCUAGGGGACAUGUGUAAUUUUGCACACAACUGAUAUGGGUGAAUAUGGAAAAAAGAUACAAUUUUCAGUGUAAUUGAAUUUGAUGAACAUGUAGCAAAAGCAUCACAGCUACGCUUUAUAAACAAUUGGUUCAUGCAGGAAAAGUUGCAAUAGUUUCGUUUCUGAAUCUUUUACAAGUUAGAUCUAUAGUCACUUGCAAAAAGAUUUUUUGAAUGCCAUGCUUGUAUUUUUACAUGCUUUGGCUCCUUUAAAGUAAGAUGGGAAGAUAAGAAACAGCUACGCAGAAAACUUUUUCAACACUUAUGUAGUAGAGUUAACUAAUUUAAAUUUGAAUGUGUAUAAAAUGUAUUUUCAUCAAUGUUUCAAGAACAUAACAUUGAUAGAAAAGUACUGUACGAUCAAAAAUUGUUAGGACUGGUGAUUCUAUUUAGUUAUUGUUGUGGAAAGUAGCAGUGAUUAGCAAUGUAGCAAUGUCUAGCUAUUUUUUGUGCUUUGUUACUAGUAACUUCUAUACAUUUUUACCAAGAAUGUAACAGAUCCAAUAUAACAUGCACCAGCAAGAACUCUUGAUGAAGACUUGUUUGGCAAAACAAGUGUGCUGGUCAAACUUUUGAUACUUAUGAAACGUAAAAACUUGCGUGGGCUGCAUGGUACUUGUACUUAAAGCAUUUCUGGCUGAUAAUUCCAUAGUAGCAAAGUAUUGAAAUCUGUAAUUGUGGUUGUGGACUUCUGUAUUAAAUUUUGUAAAUAGAUGGAAUACUAGUAAUAGUGUAGCUCAAAAUGAUAAUCAUAUGCCCCAAGGUAUUGACUGGUAAGAUGGGUGGUGGAAGGUAAAAUUAUCAUCAGGAGAAUUGAACAAUUGCACAACUGCUAAUAAUCCUUGAAAAGCAAGGGCUAAAGCGGCAUCGAACAAUUUGAAACCCGAAAGAAGAUGAAAAACAAAGUACCAGAAAGCUGAUGGAUAAAAACGUGCACAUUUUUGGCUCAUGUGAACAUUAUGUCCACAUUACGUGCUGCCAAUCUCACAUGAUCGUAUUCUCUACUCUGUCCUUGACUCUGACGUGAAUCUACCUCUGCACAGUGUUGUCUUCAAUAAGCGGCAAAUUCCAGCUGCCUUUGUGUGUAGCUUCUUCUUGGGACUAUUCCAUUCAAAAAAGUUGUGGGGGAAAUUCACUAAACUUCAUUACCAAGACUAUUAGUAAUUUUUUCCC